AUUUAUUUACUUAAGAGAUGAACAAAAAGAGUCUAAAAAUAAUAAUCUACAGAAGCAGAAAGAAAAGUAGAAAACGGAAUGCAAGGGUUUGCUCUAAACUCAGAAACCAAAGCAAAAUCUGGAAAUGAGUAGUGCAGAAUAGGUUGAGCUUUGAACCCCCAAUUAACCGAAGAAAUAAUGGGUAAAAAGGAGAAGGCGCAAGAGAGAAGAGAGAAGAGACGCCAAGAAAUCUCUCUUCUCCGUACUAUUCCUUUUUCUGAUCACCAAAGAUGGUGGUCAAAUGACACUAUCGCUGUCGUGACUGGUUCAAACAGAGGAAUAGGAUUUGAAAUUGCUCAUCAACUGGCCUCACAUGGCCUAACAGUAGUUCUUACAUCACGAGAGACUCACAUUGGUGAAGAAGUAAUGAAAAUCAUGCAAGAAGAAGGUUUGGAUGUGGUAUUUCAUCGAUUGGAUAUUGUGGACCCUGCAUCAAUUGAAACAUUUUCUGACUGGAUAAAGGAAAAAUAUGGUGGUUUAGAUAUACUGAUCAAUAAUGCAGGAGUCAAUUUCAAUUUCGGCACAGAUAAUUCAGUGGAAUUUGCAGAAGCUGUUAUCCAGACCAACUACUUCGGUACCAAAAGUAUGAUUAAAGCUAUGAUUCCAUUAAUGAGGCCUUCCCCUUUAGGCGCUCGUAUGGUUAAUGUGACUUCACGACUGGGAAGACUUAAUGGCAGACGGAAUAGAAUUGCAAAUGUCAGCUUGAGACAACAACUGGAGGAUGUGGAUUCCCUAUCAGAGGAACUGAUUGAUAGUACUGUGAACACAUUUUUGGAACAAGUGAAAAAUGGAACAUGGGAAUCUGGGGGAUGGCCACAAGUAUUCACUGACUAUUCAUUGUCAAAGCUUGCUGCUAAUGCUUACACCAGGCUAAUGGCGAAGAUACUUUCUGACCAGCCAGAGGGUCAUAAAAUAUAUAUGAAUUGCUAUUGUCCAGGUUGGGUGAAGACCGCCAUGACCGAUUGGGCUGGGCAUACAUCUCCCGAAGUCGCUGCUGAUACUGCAGUCUGGCUUGCUCUUAUCUCAGACCAGUUUGUGAGUGGUAAGUUUUUUGCUGAGAGGCGUGAAAUAAAUUUCUAAAGUGGGCAUUGAAGACUAAUUCAAGAAUCAGCCCAGCUUCUUUUGCUUUUGAACGAAAAUUUGAUAUGAGAACUGAUAAAAGCUAAGAGUACUUAUGUUACAAAAUGCUACCUAGUGCCCACUAUGACUUUCCCAUCUAAAAUCGUGAUAAAGUGUUUUGAUAGGCCUUUUUUACUCAAA